ACCUGUUUGUCCAUUAUCAGUCCACAUUCUCAGAGGUCAGAGUCAGUUUCCUCUUAGUAGCCAAAGUUAAAAGUGAGAUGGAAGGGACUAAGACUCUUUUGUUUAUUUCUAGUCUUGUUUUUCUUGUCGGAGGGUGUUUGUGCAUCGAUAGCGCUUGCGUCAAGUGUCUAUGUGAGUUUAUUAACGAGGAGUCGAGUUGUAGCUACCUAGUUGGCUGCCACAAUGAUGUCUGUGGACCUUAUGGAAUCACCGAGCCAUACUGGACGGACGCGGGUCGACCUAGAUACGAGAAUGGAAAAUCAAAAAACAAAUACAAGGAAUGUACAAAUAGUGCUUCUUGUGCUGAGCUAACAAUAAAAAACUACAUGGAUAAAUACGCUCAGGAUUGUAAUGAUGACGGAAGAAUAGACUGCUACGACUACGCAGCAAUCCAUGCAAAUGGACCUGCUGGAUGCAAAGGGUCCCUGAGAAGAGGAUCAAUAAAGGUUCUUAGAAAGUGUCUAGACAGAUCAAACUCUUCGCCUGAGGAGCCUGAAGAUGAAGAAGACCCCAAAGAAGAUGCUGAAACAUUUGUCCCUUCGUAAUCUAAAUAAAGUGAAAACCGAAAGUGGAAGAGGGAAGAUA